ACCGCUUGUCCACUUUGCAGACUAGCAAUUCAAGGUUGGCUUUGAACAUUCUUAAUCAUACGGUUCGAAGUAAACCACACUGGGUUGGUCUGUUCUCAUGAAUGUGGGCAUGGUGUGAGGAUGAUGAUUCUGCGGAGAAGCCUGCCCACAUGGGGUAAACCGGCCGGGGCACCUGGGGCAGUGGGGACUCCACGGACGAGGAAAUGGGACGGGGUAGAAAUAUCAAGGUCGGGACUCCACAACCUGCCGUUCAUCUGAGUCCUGGGAUCCCCUCUUUCUCACUUCACUCAAGUUCGUUUCCUGCAGUGCCAACACCCCGGGAGCCACAUUCACCAUGGCCACCCAAGUCGACAAGAAGGACAAUGCCCAGCUGGAGCGUACCGUCUCGGCAGUUGAUGAAAAGGCCGACUUUGCAAACUACGAACGUGUCGACAACGAAGUUGCCAAGUAUGCUGAUGCCACUGGUGUUGAACUCUCAGAGGAGGAGGACAAGCGUCUGAAGAAGAUGAUCGACAGACGUGUCCUUCCCAUCAUGGUUUUCACAUACUUUCUGCAGGCCUUGGACAAGGGCACAAUGUCCUUUGCCUCGAUCAUGGGUAUCCGUCAGGACGUUCCUGCACUGCAAAAAAAUACGAACUUCGCUAUGUUGACCACCUGUAUCUACUUGGCUAUUCUGGUCGUCGAAUAUCCUAUCAACUGGACAAUUCAGCGUGUUCCGGUCGCUAAGUUCCUCGGCCUCAACAUUAUGGCCUGGUCUGCUAUUCUGGCCCUUCACGCUGUGUGCUUCUCAUUCCCCGCCCUCGUUGCGAUCCGAACACUGCUCGGUAUCUUCGAGGCUGUUUGCCAGCCGGCCUUCCUCAUCAUGAGCUCUAUCUGGUACAAGCGUUCCGAACAGGCCCAAGUCGUUACAUACUGGUACAUGAUGAACGGUGCUCAGCAGAUGGUCGGUGGCCUGCUCGCCUACGCCUUCUCGCAGAUCAACCACCCAUCGCGCGGAACUGGUGGAACUGCAUCGAUCCGAUCAUGGCAGGCUAUCUUCAUCACAUAUGGCUCCUUCUCCUUUCUCUGGGGUAUCUUUGUCCUUUACUGGCUUCCCGACUCUCCCAUGCGUGCCAAGUGCUUCUCUGAGGAGGACAAAAAGCUCAUGGUGGAGCGUGUCCGCUCCAACCAGACUGGUCUCCAGAACAAGACAUUCCGUGCUUACCAACUCAAGGAGGCUCUUCUGGACCCCCAGACCUACUGCUACAUGUUGAUUCAGAUUUGCACCACAUUACCGACAUCUGGACUCGGUGCUUUCUACAACAUCAUUAUCAAGGGCCUUAACUUCUCUACUCUCCAGACUCAACUCCUCUCCAUGGUUCUUGGUGCCGUCAUCAUCUUCACGCUCAUGACCUCUGCUUGGGCGACGAAGAAGUGGAACCAGAACUUGUACACCAUGCUUGUGUUCCUGAUCCCGUCCUUUGCUGGCACCAUCGUCAUCAUGACCGUCAAGAACACUGGCGAGGCCACCCGCGCCGGUCUGCUGAUCUCCUACUGGAUCAUCUUCACCUUCUGGGCCGCGCAGGGUCUGGGCAUGUCGCUGCUGACGCGCAACGUGGGCGGCUCGACCAAGAAGUCCGUCUGCAUCACAAUGAACUUCCUCGCUUGGUGCGCAGGCAACGCCACGGGCCCGCAGGUCUUCUUCGACGGCGACGCUCCCCGCUACGUCAAGGCGCUGUCCAUCCACCUCGGCUGCUACAGCGUGCUGGCCGCCGUCAUCCUGUUCCUCAGGUGGAACCUGACGCACCGCAACGCGAAGAAGGAUAGGGAGUUUGGAAGCGAGAUCAACACUGCCCAUGGCUUUGAUGAUCUUACGGAUCGCGAGAACCCCAACUUCCGCUACGUCUUCUAGGUGGACGUACCAGAGGGUUGAUGUCGGGAUGAUAGGAACGCCAUCCUUGAUAUGAUAUGAAUUUAAUAGACUAUAGACGAUUGAAUGAGAUGCUCAUACGCAAUGUUACAGCAACGUCCUCCUCUUUGCACUUGUCUGUGACGUCCGUUCCGUGAACACU